AUGUCAGAACAAGAAGAUGUCUCUGCUCUCCGCUGGAAUAACAACGUUGCUGUAAUCAUUACCCUGGUGUCCUAUGACUACAUCCUGCAGUUCGGGAAAGAGGUCCAGUUUGUUUGGGAAAAACAGUGGUCGCCGAUGUCAUAUCUUUACCUCGCUGUUCGAUAUCUUGGUAUUUUCAUUGCAAUGCUUGGCGCCACGUGGGGAGGACUGAUGUAUAUGCCUGAGUCAUCGUACGUCACGACUCGUUCCCUUUACAUCCAAGUCUUAACAGUGGUUGACCUUUAG